AUUAGGGAGACAUUGGCCAGAAGACCAGAACUUGCUAGAAGAACUAUAAAGGACGGAUAUCUUUUCUCCCAUUUAUGUGGAAAGGAGAAGUGGGCAUGUGUUCAUGUUGUAGGCUUGGGUCUGACUCCUCAAGGCUUAAAUAUGGCAGGGGUACGAAAGUGCUCAUCCACCAAACUCCAAGUAACUGAAGAAAAAUUGAUGAGGUCCGAAGAUGAGAAUAUGUUUUUAAGAGAGUGUUUAGAUAUCAAUGAGGAGAAGAUGUCACAUAUGGCACAAGAAGUGGCUCAAUUAAAGCAAAUUAUUGCCUUAGGACAAUAUAGGCAAGAUAUUAAUAGCAAUGUUGAUGGUCGAUCCAACUCUCCUAGACCUGAUUUACGUCAAUCAAGGCAUAAUGUUGGAAAUUACCACACUCGAGCAUCAGACUCCCCUAUGACUGCUUCUGGGCAGAUUAGGCACCAUGUUGGUAGUAACAACAAUCGACAAUCUAACUCUCAUAUAGAGGAUCUGAGAUGUGAAAGUGAUGAGAGUGUGUCUUGUGCUGAUGGAAAUAAUUUUACACAUAAUAAGAUGAUCCGAAGAAACAUAACUGAACAUAACAAUAUACCACAAGCUAGGGAUGACGAGGUACUAUAAUAUAAUACUUGUGUUUCCAUGAAGUUGCAUCUUUUAGUUAAUCUUCAAUUUCUAUGAAUAUGCAGGGUGAAAGGGAUGUCAUUCUGAUUUUAGUUGUGAGUCCAUAUGUUCCUGUGACUAAGGCUACUCUCAAAAGAACAAGUCCAACAGCUGUUGUUGGAGGCACCCCUCUUGGAUCCGCAUUUUCUAAGGUGGUUGUGAAGUAUGUCUUCAAAAGAGAUGCACUACUACCACGCCCACUGGGGGAUAUCAACAAAAUGAUUGAUGCUUAUGGAUUAUCAAUUGCAUGGCCUCGUACAAAAGUAUUAUAUAUCCACUGUUUUUCAUGCAUAUGAAUGGAGGAUUAUGAACUAAAUUAUUUAAUAUAUCAAUUUGUAGAUUCAAGAUGAUAUUAGAACUGGAGAAGGUGCUGGGACAAGUCAAAAUGUACAUGUCGUUGGGCCAACUCGAAGUGCACUAGGUGCUGGGACAACACGUGGAGGAAAGACUGAUACAAGAGCCAAGCGCAAGGACAUGAUCUAAGUUGGCAGUGAAGCUAAUGCUUGCUCUAUUGUAGAAGGUAUAAACAACCAAAGUUAAUGCUUUUUCAAGUGUCUGAUGUUUAUAACAAUGGAUAAUAUGAGUUC